AUGCCGGUAAGACCCCGGCCAAAGCGGGAGUUGUACUGAGUAAGUCACCAGCGGCUGGCGGCAAGCCGGACUGCAGUCACCUCGGGGUGUAACGUGCUUGUCCGCGAUGCCCUGUGGACGCAUCGCGGCGUGACCGGGCUUCGACACGCUAGCCGGACACUUGACGUCAACUUUAUCGGCGCCCGAUCUCGAUGUGCCUGCCAGCGCCGAUCGUGAAGGUGACAACCAUGACUUGAUGCCGUUGGUGCUGGCUGCAGUGGCGUCCAGGAAAUGCCCUCAGUGUUUUCAAACGCAAUGCGUUCGAACACAUGCGUGCUGCGCCAGCUGCAGACAUUGUAAGGUUACCAAGCCCAGAGCCCGCAGAUGCCUUGACACUUUGGUUGAAGGCGCGGACAGCGAGAGGCCCGAUUUCUUUCGAGCGAUAUUGGCGCACUGCGCAGUCAGGAAAGACGUCGGUGGCGGGCUCCCAGCCGGAAGCGCAGACAGCAGGUGAGAGCGUCGAGCGAGUACUGCGUGGGCUGCUGACAGGGGCAUUUUUAGCGUGGAGCCCUUCGGGUGGCGGGCUCAAAACCUUAGCGGAAGAUGGCAAUCCCUGCACCAUGUCUGGUUGCCGCUCACCUGAGUGGCAGGUCAAUUCAACCGCGCGAGACGGUCUGCCCCCGACAAGAAUACAGUGUCAAGGUCGCGGCUGUAAUGCCGGCUUACUUGCCCUUGUCGUCGUCUGCGUGGGCACUCUCGACGCAACAUCGACGAUGUUCAAACGCUACGCUGGCCUUUCCCACCAGUGUACAUUCAUACAUUCAUACAUUCAUACAGCGGUGCAUGCCACGUUGACUUCCGUGCAGCUCAACGCUUUUGGCUUUCGGAGAGAGCGCAAUCGCCCCAACAUGUAG